GUGAAAGUAGUAGUGGUGAGGGGUUAUAAUAGUAGCCAUUACAGUAUCAUGCAAUGGAUUAAAGGACGAGUAGGGUGGUGUUCAGCAGAUUCAAAGGCCUUCGGGUCCCUGGGAUAUGUCCUUGCGCUUUGGUUGUGGUGUUGAAUUGUCCCUGUUAAAAGGUGGCGGGGAUGUUCAAACAGAAAAUAAUAUUAGUAAAAAAGAAAAACAAAAAAUAGGAACAAUUGCAGGAAUUCAAAAUUGGAAUGAAUUUACUUGGAUAUAUGAUGGCGAAGAAGCUGGUUAUAUUUGUGCACGACCUCUACCAAGAUUUGGAGAAUUGAACAAAUUUUCCCCCUGUAAAAUCCAAAAAAUUAUUAAAGACCAGAUAAUUACACAACCCAAUCCUAUUAUUUCAACACAUUCAAAUCCUCAAAAACAAUGGAUCAUACCAAGGAUUGACCAUCAAGAUUCUAUUGAAAAUAUAGAGGAUCAAAUGAGUAAAUUGGUAGAGAAAGAAGAGAAGGAAGAAGAAGUGGUAGUUGAUUUGACAAAUGAGACGGAAGUGGAAGUAGAUCUGGAAUGCAAAAGGAACUGCAAAUCCAAGGAAGAAAAUGAUGGCAGUAGAAAUGAAAAGUGA